AUGAACAAAAUUUUUUUAACCUUCGUACUUGUUAGUGUCUGUUUGUGUUAAGAAGAAACUCUGAUUUAACUCGAAAAUGGAGUAAGUUUAACCAAUCUAAAUAAACUCAUGACUUUGGAUUAUAGUCAAUUAGAUUGUUAAGCAAAUUUAUUAUAAGUUAGUCACUAAUUAAAAAUGUGGGCUGAACUAUUUUAGGAUGAGAAAGUGAUUCAUCAUGAAAUUCGAUUAUUGAGUACUGCUCAUAAAAUCCUUAAUUAACAAAAGUUUAAUAGAUAAAGAAACUCAAACACUGUGCAAAGAGCAAAGAGAGUACUUGCUGCCUUGAGACACAAUACACAUAAGAGACAACAUACAAUUUAUUAGUAAUGGAGAGCAAAUGAAAUCGAUCAAUUGAAACAUUCAAUCUAAUUAUUACAAACAGCAACAAAUCAAGAUGAAAGCAAAUAAUGUUGUGAUAGAAUUGAGUAAUUGAUCAACAAGUUUUUGGACGAGAGAAAACAUAUUGCUAAGUAAUGUGGAAAUGCUGAUGUUACCAUCAAUAUUAUUAAUGACAACGAAGGUAAAAUCCAAGUGAUCAAUAAGAAAUGCCAUGAAAGCGACCCUGAUGUUAAAAUUAAUAGAGUUGAUUCAUUUGACAAAGUUAUUGUUGGAUAAGCAUAACAAUAAAAGAAACAAGUUGUUGAAGAAGUACAUGAAGAACACCAUGAAGAACACAAGGAAGAAGUACAUGAAGAACAUAAGGAAGAAGUACAUGAAGAACAUAAGGAAGAAGUACAUCAUGAAGAACACAAAGAAGAAGUACAUGAAGAACACAAGGAAGAAGUACAUCAUGAAGAACACAAAGAAGAAGAACAUCAUGAAGAACACCACGAAUAAACUGAGACUGUAACUAAGGAAACUGUUGAAUAGGAAGAAGAAGAAGAAGAAGAAACAGAGGAAAUAGUCAUUGAGGAAACAGUAACUAAAACUACUACACACAAAACUGAAGAAAUCCCUGAUGACGACGAUGAUGUUGUUGAAGGAGAAUUGGUUUCAGCUUAAGGAGUAGGAGCAAGUGGGGAAGGAGGUAGAACCUGAUUAAGUUAAUAUCAACAAUAAAUAUACAUGUUAAAUAAUCUUGUUAUA